AUAACCCUUUAACAUCAGUCCAGUCGGUCUAGACCUUUCGACUCAACAAGUGGGCGCUCGGUGUAGUAUUUAUUGGCGUUACCGGACAAUUUCGCACGUUUAAUUUUCAAAAGUUCUCACAAAUACAUCGUCAUCAAUCAUCAAGCCCAGAUAACAUACAUUCUUAUAAGCAUCCGGUUCCCGUCUGUAAGCAUAUACGAGCGCCCACGAGCACGGAAUUUUAUUUUAUCGAAAUCAAGGAAUCGAGGGAAAUAACAAAAAAGGAAAGAUGUCCUGUCACGAAGUAAAAAACAGCUGGAGGAUUCCCGACCUUUUGGCCAAGAAGAGUGAGGGAGGGAUAUUCUCCGAGGAAGAAAUUGCUUUCAUCGUAAGAUCCGUUUGCGAUCGAGUAAUAGAUGAUUGUCAGCUUGGAGCUUUGCUGAUGUCUAUCAAAUUACGAGGCAUGACAGACGGGGAGACCGUCUACCUGACGAAAGCGAUGCGUGAUUCAGGUAAGGUGAUGUCGUGGCCCGCAGACUGGCCGGUGGUGGACAAACACAGCACGGGAGGCGUCGGAGACAAGGUAUCCCUGGCCCUGGCGCCUGCAUUAGCCGCCCGGGGCGUUCGUGUGCCCAUGAUCAGCGGCAGGGGGCUCGCUCACACCGGGGGAACGCUAGAUAAGCUCGAGAGCAUUCCAGGAUUCCGAGCGAGCAUGAGCGAGAGGGAGAUAUACGAAUGCAUGAGUUCCGUGGGCUGUUGCAUUGUGGGUCAAACAGCUGACAUCGUGCCCGCCGACCGCAGGAUGUACGCCGCCAGGGAUGUGACCUCCACUGUCCCUUCCAUGCCUCUGAUUCUGUCUUCGAUCCUGAGCAAGAAGGCGGCCGAAUCUCCCAAGGCUCUCGUCCUGGACGUCAAGUUCGGCCGAGGCGCCUUCAUGAAGACCCGCGAGGAGGCCGAGAAACUCGCCCAGAAGAUGGUGGACGUCGGCAACGGCGUGGGCAUGCGCACCACGGCCCUGCUGACGGCAAUGGACGUGCCCAUCGGAAAGACCAUCGGCAACGCCCUCGAGGUGCGAGAGGCGCUGGACUGCCUCCGAGGGCAGGGGCCGCCCGAUCUCCAUCAGCUGGUCAUCAAUCUAGGAGGAGAACUGCUCUACAGCACAGGAUUGGUGGAGACCCCAACCGAUGGGAUCCGUGAAAUCCACGAGGCCCUCGUCGGCGGAGAUGCCAGGGCCACUUUUUGUAGGAUGCUUCAAAAACAGGGAGUUCCAACUGCUGUGGCGGAAUCUCUCUGCGGCCCCACGCCCGAUUAUCAGAUGUUGCCUUCUGCUAAGUACGUUACCCCAGUGCCAGCCCACUCUACAGGACUGUUAGUCGAUGUGGACUCCUUGAAGCUAGCCAUGUUAUCUCUAGCACUUGGGGCAGGACGGAAGAAAAUCGGUGACCCCGUAAACCAUGCUGUCGGCAUAGUUCUCCUAAAGGUGGUUGGUGAACGCGUGAGAGAAGGUGAAGCUUGGGCAGAGCUACAUCACGACACUCCCCUUCCUGACGGUUCCUUGCAAGAAGUCCAGUUGUCAGCUCGCAUCCAGAAUACAUUCAACUUUCACCCAGUUCCUUUAAUUGCAGCUAAACUUGUGUAGGCUAACAAGACUGGAUGCACUCUGAGAGUAUCGUACAAGUGUGUUCUGAGCUUUGAGAUAGAGCUGAAAUGUUCCAGUUACAUUACUCCAAGAGGGGAGUGUUAUAGCUCUAACCUUCCUCCAAUACUCACUUGAGAUCAAACAUUGAUUUUCAGCCUUGUAAAUAAGGCAAACAUGGUCAGCUUAUGUACAGCUGCAUUUAUUACAAUUAAAUAUAAAACAAUGGAAAGGGACUAAGUUGUCAGUGAUAUGGCUUCUCAAUUCUGCAAAAAAAAAAAAAAAAAAAAAAAAAAAAAAAAAAAAAAAAAACUUAAUUCAGUUCGUAUAAUUAAUUGAAACUAUUUAGCCACUUCUUAAGAUAGGUCUGACUUCCAUUUCAUUGCCAUUAAUUAAGGUUAUAAAUUUAAAUUAUUUUCUCAAUUUGCAUUGCAAUGACUGACACAUCAUGUUCACUUCUGUAGAUAUGUCACAAGAAUUAUAAUGACUUUUUUCCGUCUUUUUCACAUUGCCUCUAUACAAUUAUAAUGGUUUUUUUUCGUCUUUUACACAUGCAUCCAAAUAUACAAUACUCAUUGUUUAGCAUUCAAAUGUUGCCCAUUGGUCGAUAGAGGUUACUUACUGGAACUCUAGGCAAAAAUCAAUCGUGUUUUACAUAUUUUUAGUGCAACAAAACCCCAUACUGAUGUAUACUAAGUUUAUAUAUAUAGCUAGAGGUACCCAUACUAUACUAUACAUAUAUGUAGCUGUAACAGUGACUCAGAAAAGUAGGGAACUAGCAAGAAGCAAGAGGUGUACAAAAGCAAAAGGAUAUUGGACCUAUCUAAAAUUAUAGUUAGCAUGGUAGCAAUAAGUCAGCUCUAUCUCAAGACUAGAGGCCUGACAAAAGUUGGAAAAAAACAGCAGAAGUAUAGCUUUCUUCACUAAUGCACAAUUUCAACAUCACCUACAGCAAGAGUAUCUGUUGAUAUAUGAAGAUUUGCUGAAUGUUAGGAUAGUGUGUGAUCAUUGGUUGUGAUGAAACCAGCUCAACAGUUCCUGAAAAAUUCAUUUAUAAAACUCUAAAAGAAAACAACAGCACAAAAUCAUAGCCCAAACAUACAUUUGAAUGCAUUCAUGCAGCCUGUCCCAGCACAGGACUAGGGAUCCUACAAAACCUGUUUGGCUUGCAUUCCGCCCCAUUUUAGAACCCUCUAAAAAUUUCAUCAUUCGUUUCCUCCAUAAAAUUAACAAAAUACAAUCAGAUUUCAUCUUUGAAGCUGCUCCAACAAUUUCCUCUUAUCUCUUUUCCUUUAUGACUGUAGGCUUUCUAAAAUAUAUUCAUCCAAGUUCUCUCAACUAACACUUUUUUGCUUUAUUAUCAUAAGAAUCUGCCUCCAUUUUUAUCGUUUCAGUACGUACUCAGUAUUAUAAUGCCAUAUAACAUACUCAUAGGUUACACUAUUAUUUCCUAUUUAUGGAAUUUCUCUUUUCUACUUUUAUAUUUCUAUUUUUUUUAAAGAAUGAAGGCUUGAAGAUGAAUCAGUCUUGGAGACUGCAUAAGGUUGGACCUUUCAUGUUGACAAGUUGAUGUAUAAUAGAUGCAUGGACAAUCAAUGGCAAAAAAUUUGUUGGAAAUUUUUAUAAAUCAUGUAUACCUGCUUCCUUUACUUCAACCACAUAUUUACCAGCAGUUUAAGAUUGCAUGUUCUGGUGCAACAAAGAUCUUUUAAAUUUUAUCAAGUAAUUAAUAAUCAUAAAAAACUCAACCUCGUUUUGAAUAUAAUAGUUUCAAUCACUGUUUACAAAUUUUAUAUGUGAAGUGCAGCUUUGUAUACCGAUAAUUACAUUUAAAAAGGUUUUUCAUGUUCAUCAACUACUUAAAUUGUGUAUUUUUAUACAUAAAUUCAUAUAUGAAAUAUAUACAUAAAUUCAUAUAUGAAAUAUUCACAAUUUAACACUACAACUUAUCAGUUCUUGAAGGUUAGAAGUGCCAUGCUCACUAAACAGUCUACGUAAAGUAUUGUAAUUCAUGACUGUUCAGAGGCUAGAUCACAUGGGACAUUUUUAAGGUUACUUAUAUAUACUGCAUUAAUAUUUUGCUGGUAUAUUACUGAUUUUAUAUGCAGGACAGUUCUUCAAAAUAAAGUCGUGCAGAUAUUGUCUAAUUUUACUUUUUGAAAUAAACCUGACAUUUCCAUCAUGAAAUCCAGUUUAGUUAUCUACUACAGCUAUUUAAUGGAAGGAAUCAUUAUGAAAUCUGUGCCAAACCAUCAUGUAAGGCUGUUAGGAGAUAACAUGUCCAAAUAUCUUUUGUAUACCUUCAAGGAAUCAAAAAUUCUUUCAACUUAUAUACAUAUACAUGACAAACACUUUUCCAUUUUGAGUAGACACAGAAAUGACAAAUGACUGGACAUAUCACAAGGGACAGGCAUGGAAUAUUAAAAUUUUAAAAAAUCUCUCCUUGCUACCAUCAACAAUGCUUUCAUGAGUCUUUUGUGGCCCUUAUCUCAAGAUGUGUAUGAGCCACUGAAGCCACUAUGGCAGUGUUUUUCAACCUUUUUGUGCCCAUGGCCCAUUUUUGGCAUUCCUAAGUAGUCGUGGCCCAAUGCCCUUCAAAAUUGUGUACAAAAUAAUAAUAGAAUUUUUAUUAUAGUUUUUUAGAACACUUUUAUUAGUUUUAAAUUAUCAUUUACAGAACUAUUUCUUUAGAGCACUUCAAUAGUUUACAUUUUCACUACUGGAAGAAAAUGUUGGCCUUUAUUCACUGUUAAUAACUCAUAUAUGUUGUAAUCAAAAUUCAAAGGACAUGUAUUCACUUAUGAAAUUAAACACUUUCCAGUACUAUUUGCAUAAUUAAAUUUUAUGGAUUGUAAUAAUAACUCAAAAUACUUUUUCACUUAUGAAAAUAAGCACUGGCCUGCAUUUAACAGUAUUCUAAAUAAAUUUUGGACAUUGAAAUAAAAACUAAAAUUCCACUUUUUUACUUAGGAAGUUAAGCACUGGUCUGCAUUUAUAGUAAAUAAAAUUUGUCUAUUUGUAUUGUAAUAAAAACUAAAUUUACACUUGUACAACAAUUAUAGAAAUAAAAAUAAUAGUACUUUAUUGUUGGCAUAUAAAAUACUGCAUAGAUUUGGUAGCUAGUGUGAUGGUUGUGCUUACUUUUUAAAUACAAGUUUAUCAAUUUGUGGAACAGUUGUAGAUAAUGUACAUCUCAUAUCAUGCUCCACCUCCAAGCGAUUUCUUGUUUUUGUUUUUAUUUGUUAUAAGGCAGAAAACCCGGAUUCACAAAAGUAAGUAGAAGCAAAAGAUAGAAGGGCUUUUAGCCCAAGCUUCCCAACUCUAGGUUAUGAUACACUUGCUUGUGACCAGAAUUCCUGUAUAAAAUGUUCUUUAAAAAAAAAUCCUUAAUACUUGAA